ACUGAGUGUUUCCAUUAAAUAAAGCCAAUUAUCGGCCUUGCUUUAAUUAUUCAGUAGCCCAGACGCAGCUCCCUCCACCCCGCCCUCACCGCCCUCAAAUCUCUAACCCCAGCGGGCGAGAUCUGUGUCGUCUCUCCUGCAGCUCUGACUGAGAUGUUCUCCUUCCUGACGGACACACGCCGCCCACUUGUUGCAGUUCAGCCGCGAUCAUCCAGUGCAUUAAUAUAAUCGUAAGGAUUCAGACGAUCAGAGGAGGGGAAACACUUGAAACUGGGUCCGAUGGCACAGUGGACAAUACUUCUGUUUUCCCUGUACGGAGUUGUGCAUGGACAAGAGCUUCAGCUUCCCACCGUGCAAGAGUGCUGUAAGGACGGGAGGGAUCGAGCCCUGGGAGGACAAGACUGUACAAUCCUCCCUCUCAUCUCCUCUGCCCACAUCUGCAGGAUCGCUCAGGAGCAGUGCUGUGCAGCAGCAGCACGAGACCAACUCUGUGACAAUGGCAUCAAGAUGGCCCGUGAACAAGGGGCCUGUGAGAGGCCCUUUUUCCAAGGAGACCCCUGGGAAACCAAAAUCUCUAAGACGUGCUGUGACUGCUGCAUGUUUGGUCUGAUGACAGCGAGCCAGGGUUCAGGCUGCGAGCUCCAGGGUUUGUUGCUGGGGAGACGGUGCACGCACACGGCUAAAACCUGCUGUGGCAAAAACACGACAGAGGAAAUCAAACCUGAUGACUUAAAAAAAGAGACAGAAAUGCCUGAGGCCAACGUUACUGCCAAGCCUCCAGAGGGAUUGGACACCUGUAAAGACUCCACUUGCUCCCAGUUGUGUGUGGGUAAUGGUACAUGUGCAUGCCAUGAUGGUUAUGAACUGCAAAAGGAUGGAGUGAACUGUGGGGAUGUCAAUGAGUGUCUGACGAACCGUCACAACUGCGUCGGCGGCCAAGUUUGCAUCAACACAGAGGGUUCCUUUCGCUGUCAGAGGGAAACCAGCUGUGGCACGGGUUAUGAACUCAAGGAUGACAACAGUUGCUAUGACAUAGAUGAGUGUGUUUUGGGGACCCAUAACUGUGCCCCAGACUUUAUAUGCACCAACACAGUCGGCUCAUUCCGCUGCCAUCCAAGAGAGAAGUGUGCAGGCGGUUUCAUUCAGGACGCCGCUGGCAGCUGUAUCGAUAUAAACGAGUGUGUGGCCCAUACUAGUCCAUGCCUGCCUGGCCAGACAUGUAUCAACACAAUGGGCUCCUAUACCUGUCGCAGGAACACAGUCACCUGUGGACGAGGCUAUCAUCUAACCCACGACGGCGCGCGUUGUGAAGACGUAGAUGAGUGUCGUGCUGGCAAUGUGUGUGGCGACCAUGGUUGUAUCAACCUGGUGGGCACAUACCGCUGUGAAUGCAGAAGCGGCUUUCUGUUCAACAGUAUCACCAAACUGUGUGAAGAUAUCAAUGAGUGCAGGCAUUAUCCAGGACGACUCUGUGCCCACAAGUGUGAGAACACAGAAGGUUCCUACCAGUGCACCUGCACCAUUGGCUUCAAAUUGUCCCACGACGGCAGAAACUGUGAAGAUGUCAAUGAGUGUGAAGCCAACCCUUGCAGCCAGGAGUGUUCCAAUGUCUAUGGCUCCUACCAGUGCUACUGUCGCCGUGGUUACCAGCUGAGUGACAUGGAUGGAAUAACAUGUGAAGACAUCGAUGAGUGCGCUCUGCCAACUGGUGGUCAUGUGUGCUCCUACCGCUGCUCCAACGCCCCGGGAAGUUUUUAUUGUACGUGCCCACCCACAGGCUACACCCUGGCCCCCAAUGGACGCACAUGCCAAGACAUUGAUGAAUGUGCAACAGGGAGCCAUACCUGUUCUGUGUCUGAAAGCUGCUUCAACAUCCAGGGAGGAUUUCGCUGCCUGUCCUUCACAUGCCCUCCAAACUUCCGACAAGCAUCAUGGGGAUCCAGACAAGAUGCUUCAGUCGGUGUGCGUUGUAUUAAGGCCUGCCAACCGAAUGACAUCAAUUGCAAUCUUGACCCUGUCCACCUCAUGACCCACACCUCCCUCUCUCUACCAACCUUUAUAGACUUCAGUCAACCUGAGGAUAUAGUUUUCCUGCGGACGGUUGCGCCGGCUAACCCUGUUCCUCUACCCGGUGCCACUGAUGUUUUCUUCGACAUCCUGGCUACAGAUGACCAACAAUCUUUUGACGUGGAGAAGCGCUCCCACCAGGGCAUUAUUAUCGGUGUGGUUCGACAGGUGAAACCUAUCAUUGGCCCCAGGGAUCUUGUGGUAAAUGUAGCUAUGAACUAUGUCAAGUCAGGGGUCAUUUCCCAUCGCAACAUUGUCGUCAUCCAUGUCUUCGUCUCUGAGUUUUGGUUCUGAGCUGAGCUAAGAGAAGAAUGGAAAUGCUGCAUUGGCAAAAACCACAUGUAAUUUUGCAAAUAAUAUUUAAAUAUAGUUUUGAAUAUCUGGAGGUGCCACCCUUAUCUCGCUGAACAUUUAAAAACAACUCAAAUGUCACUGCUGUUGUGUGCAAGAUAAGAUAAAUCUGUUAUUGGUUCAUUUGCAAGUGUUUUGAAUGUACUGAAGCAGUUUGGGCAAUAAUUCACAGCAGGUCUUUGUCAUUUCAACAUAAUAUAGCCAUGUUUGCAUCUCUGUGAAGCUGUACCUGACCUAAUUGCUAAUGUCAGCAUUCUACAGUAACAUGCUUGCGAAUGUUUAGCAGGUAUUUUCACCAUCUCAGUUGAAACAUGCUAAAAUUUUCUAAUUAGCAGUAAACCUAAAGUACAGCUGAAGCUGAUUGCAAUGUCAUCAACAUUUAGCCAUAUUAUUUUGAUUACUGAACACAUUUUGAUCAUCAAAGGUAUUAAAAUUCAUCCUGUGGGAGUCGUGAACGUCUGUAGUACAUUUCACGAUCCAAUAGUUGUUGAGACGUUUCACUCAAAACCACAAAUGGAAACCUCAUGGAGGCGUUACCAGGGAAGUUAGGGGAUCUCCAGUUAUAAUACAUAUUGUGCGAAGCAUGAAUUUUUGCUCCAAAUUUUUGUCAAAUCUGGGAGUUAUUUAGAUAUUUCAGUCUGCACCAAAGUGGCUGACCAACCAAUCUACAGUGCCAUCCAUACAGCCGCACUGCUAGCAUGGUUAGAAAGUUAUUUUUCACACCACAAAAUAGCUGAAUUUCUUAAUUGAUACCUACUCUACCACAAAUGUGUUGAAAGCUACAUGCCUUUUGCAAGAGUUUUAUAAAUAAUGCUAUAAUUUAACAGGGUGCUGUUAUCUCCUUAACCACUGUCUGCUGUAUUUAACUUGAAUUUGGUCUUUGGUGUCAUGAGUGCUGUUGAGACGUGUGGAACUGUUUGAUAUUUGCUCCAUUUCAUCUGUUUUUACAGACCAGAUGCUUAAUUUCAUUAUAAAAAAAAGUUCAUCUAUGAACUUGUUUUCAGCUUGUGUUUUGUACCAUCAGAUUGUACAAGCAUCUGUGAAUAAUAAAAGACUC